AUGACUAUUUCCGGUAAUUGCAAAAAUAUGUCUGAUAUUUGUGAAACGGUGACAAAAAUUCCAAAAGCUCAUUCGCGCUCAAUUGUCGAUGUCGAAUUUGUUAAAGAUCCAUUAACUGCAACAGUAUAUCUCGUUACAUGCGCAAAUGAUUCGAUGAAAUUUUGGAAAACGUCAAAUAUCAAUGAUUGGUCGCAAUUUGAAUUGCAUCAAGAAAUAAAAGGAUGGCGAUGUGGUGUUCAAAGUUUUGAUAUAACGCAUGAUGGAAAAUUAGCAGUUGUUGUUGGUGUUGAAUCUACUUUGCAUCAAAUAAUUACUGAUUUAGAGGAAAAAAGAGAAACGGUGGAAAAUUUCAAUAUUGGACUUAUGGAAAUAUGGCAUGUAUGCAUUAUACCAAAUAAAACUCAUUAUCUAACUGUUAGUUUUUCUGGAUCAUUGACUCUUUUGGGCAAUAAUGGCGAAGUUAUUAAGUCAACUCCUUUUAACGGCGUGAGGCAGAUAUCUGCUAUUGUUUGCAGUCCCAAUGGUGAAUUAAUCGCAGUUGCCAAUAACGAAGGUGUUGUUAUCAUUAUAAAUGCUGCUACUUUUGAAUCCAAAUUUUUUUUUGAAGCUCACGCUGUGAAGGUUCGUGCACUCUGCUUUUCUCCUAAUUCUGAAGAAAUUCUUACUGGUUCCGACGAUAAAAUCGUGAAACUGUAUGCAGUAAAAGAGACGAAAGCACAAUUUAAAAGGAAUUUUUGUGGUCAUCGAGAUUUAAUUAUGAGCGUAAAAUUUAGUCAUGACAGAGAUGGACAAAUAUUCGGUAGUUGUUCUAAUGAUGGAUCAGUGAUUUUGUGGAAUGUUUCAAAUGAACACCCUCUUCAUGUAUUUCGAGAAAUUCAUGACGGAAUCGCAACUUCAUUCGCAUUUUCGUUUGACAUGCAGUUUUUGAUUAGUGUUGGUGAAGAUCGUUUAAUUUGUGUGCACAGAAUUUCAAAGGGGAAAAUGGAAGAAUAUUGCGGUGUUUCAUAUAUACCCGAAAACGUUUAUGGUGAAUUCAGUGCUAACACACCAGUUAAUUACCAACCUUUAUCCUCUCCAGUUUAUGAUUCUAAUGGACAAGAUCAUUUGAACGGUACAAAUAGAAAUCAGUACCAUCAGAAAGAACCUAGCCUCACGAACCGUGAAGAAGAAUAUGGGGAUGAUGAAUUAAUGGCGAUAGCAAAAGCAGAUGCUGAAGCCGCUGAUUUCGAAUAA